UACCUUCCUUGAAACAGGGGAAAUGCUAUCAUCUCUUACGUCUCCCUGGCCUUUUGCUCAAUGGGGCGUCGACCUGCUCGGCCCCUUCGUCAAAGGCAAAGGAGGCUGCACUUUCCUGGUCAUUGCGGUGGAUUAUUUCACCAAGUGGAUAGAAGCUAAACCAUUAUCCACGACAACAGAAAGGAAAAUCGAAGAAUUCUUGUUCAAUUCCAUAUUGUGCAGGUUCGGCAUACCUAAGUGGAUUAUCGCCGAUAAUGGGCCACAGUUUCGAGCCGCAGCACUGAGAUCGUUUUGCAACGAUUAUGGCAUUGAGCUCGCCUUGACAUCUGUGUACACACCACAGUCCAAUGGGCAAGCCGAGUCCGCCAAUAAAAUCGUCUUGCGAGGCCUCAAGGCACGAGUGUUAGCUACACAUUCUAAUUGGGUUGACGAGCUCAAUAAAGUGCUUUGGUCUUGUCGCACCACACCCAGCUCGGCCACGGGCGAAACCCCUUUCAGCCUGGCCUAUGGAGCUGAAGCCGUCAUCCCCGUCGAGGUUGGAUUGCCAUCUGAUCGAGCAGGCCAGCAUGACGACCUCAACAAUGAGCAACUUUUAAGAGAGAACCUGGACUUCGUAGAAGAGGUCAGGGAGAUGUCGAGAAUAAGAACUGUGGCACAUCAAAACCGUGUUGCAAAAUUUUACAAUAAAAGGGUCCGAGCUCGCCAGUUUCAAGUGGCUGACCUGGUCCUACGUAAAGCUGGAUUAACUAACACUCAUUCACACAUGGGCAAGCUCGCUCCUAAUUGGGAAGGCCCCUAUAUGGUAGUUCGAGUUAAGCGACCUGGCUCUUACGUGUUAGCCAAUAUGCAAGGAUGCCAGUUACCUUACAUUUGGAACAUAUAGAAUCUUAGAAAAUUUUACAGUUAGCCUGUAUACUAUUCUUUUAUUCAAGUCGUUAUUCGACAAUUGUAAAUAAGGGCAUACUGGAAAU